AUGGAACCGCCAAAUGAACCAACCCAGGCUUCGCCGAAGCCUGAAUUCCCAUGGUUGCCGAAGGAGUGUAUCUUCACAAUGCAACAAUGGCUAUAUCGAAGAACUCUUCACACAAAAAGAUACAAAAAAAGAUAUGUAGUAUUGCACAACGAAAGACUUUAUAGUUUUACAAAACUUCCGCCAUUUGAUAAGUUUGAUUUAAACAAUAUCAACACAGUUCUGAGAUCAGCAUCAAAUAGCUGGAUUUUAACAGGAUCAGUAGUAUCAGCAGAUACCGACGUAAAUACAGGAUUAUUUAAAUGGAAAAUAGAGUUUAAAAAUUAUAAAAAACCAAUAACGGCAAUAGAAAAUAUUAAUAAGUUCCUGACAGAUAAACCGGAUUUAACUAUAGGAAACGUAGAUCAUAUCGACUGUAUAUUUGAAGAUGUAACAUCGUCUGUACUUGAAAAUAAGACAGUAAACAUAGAAGCUCAAGAUUGCCUGUGGUUCGCAACCACGAAUCAUAAAAUCGCAUCAGACUGGCUAAUAGCAUUAUUAUAUACAUCAAGAUACGGGUCUUUGUACAAUCUGAUAUACAAAAACCCGUCAAGAAGAAGAUUUCAACAGUUCACACUCCCAUGGUUCCUGAUGGCGUUGGACUACCUGCCAAAUUUGUCGAAGGAUGAAAACUCAAAACCACCUUUAUCGUCGUUUACAUAUAUAAAGAUCGAAAUUAAAAGAGUUUUUGAUUUCCCAAUGCUCCCAAACGCAAAAAUUUAUUGCGCAGUGGAGUUCAACAGUAGCUUUUACAUAAUCCAACUGUACAGAUUCGAACGAGAAAACCUCACGUCAACACCCUCAGCAAUGGUGCGAGAAGAAGAACCCACCUCAAGUCUAGCAGCAUAUAUCAGUAGAAACUCAGAGUACUCGAUCUGCAGACUCCCAUCAGAUGAUUUAAGUGUAGCACAACUUAACGACCCGAAGAAUUCUUUACCGGACGACGAGUGUUCACAAUCGAGCUACUAUAACGCGAACGCACAAUUUACAACACUGGAAGGUGGAAUUAACAAAUUCAAUGCCACAGUACAAUCAUUGGCACCGUCAAAUACAAGCGUGCCAAAUUCAGUAGCAGGACUGCCAGACGAUGACCCGCAGAACGUAAUAACAAGGCUACUAAACCUAAACUCACACAAAGAUAUCAAAAAGAAACAAGUGGUAGAAAAAAGAAGCAUAAUAUAUGACGGAGCAUCCGUAUACAUCCCAGUGUAUAAAAAUACAACACAGGAAAUAGUCUGGCUACAUUUCUUUGGAGAUUAUGACGUGUAUAUGGGAACAGCAAGCAUAAGAGACGUAGAUUUUGCAUCAAGAGACCCAGCACCAGUGAAAACCUGUAUGAUAAAGUUGAUUGAAGGAUUAAAUCCAUUACAUUAUAAAAGAGUAGAUGUGUCAAAUUAUAAAGGAGAGUCCACAGUGCUUAAGUCAAGCGCAAGGUCAAUUUCAAACGAUAGAGGAUUCGUGGAGUUGUCUGUAAUCAUACCAAAACACCUAGGAAAUUUCCUAGACCCAGUGAUCAUAUCACACGGGUCACCAAAAGAAUAUUUAUCAAACGCAAGCAGAUCAUCAAUAUCGAUGGGAAUACAAAUGUUAAUAGCGAAUAUAAAAAGAGUGCGCCAGUCAUUCACAGUUUUAAAGGAUAUAAUACACGCAUUAAAGUCAAUUCUAGAGUUUAGGAGCAUGUUCACGUCCUUCACAGCAAUGUUCUAUUUCAUACUCGUCUUCGGAAUAUUCCCAAACAGAAUGCUAGUAAUUUUUUUGUUGCCGAUCCUGUCGUACAUAGUCUGCACACACCCGAGUUUCAUAGAUCUAACCUUCCUUUUCUUGCUCAAGUUCCCAAUAUUAAUCGCAAUACUGCCAAAGAGAUUCACAUACCCGUUCCUGCUGAUGCCAAAGCUCUCGUGUAUACUGUGCUCAAAAAAGCCAAGCUUCUUGAAACAAAACACACAAAUCGUGGACCCAGAUAUGGUCUCGAAAGAGGAAAUAUCCUCCAAAACAUUUCAAUACUCAUCAAAUAAAAAGUUGCCAAAGUCAAUGUACCUGAAUCAUAGCAGUAGUGAGACGGAAGUUAUAGUAAACCCAUUCUCAGCAGCAAACGCAACACAAGUAAAUACAGAUCCGAAUAGGAAAAGAGAACUACCACAAGAAUCAUAUGAUGAAUCUAAUGUGCUGAACCAGCCAACAUAUGUAGAUUUUGAAAAAAGAAUAUCAGUGCACAUCAAUAGUCUGCCAAUGAUCACUUCAAAACAUUUGCUUAAUGAUUCAAUAGAGAUAACAAGAUAUAAAGGAACGAGAAUUGAAACAUGUAAACAUAGAGGAAUUAUCAUGUCAUAUCUAAGCGUGAUGUUCAUAAACGAAAUAGGAGUGGAGUUGUUUGACAGCGUUCACGGAGAUGGACUCGCAAUAAUAAAGGGAUACCACGACAUAUACUACAACAUACCGCCAUACCGAAACGUGCCCUUCUGGCCAAACGUCAAGUUCACGCUGUACUUCUUGUUUUAUAUGCUCUUCCUAACAUUCUUUGGAGGAAUCUCGAACCUACAGAUCCUGCACCUGCUCCACAGAAAUAAACUCAUAUGUAGACUAAUACUGGAGUCGAAAGGAGUAGUUGAAUCGAAGCCAAAAGGACAACACCACCAAACAAAGCAAAGAAAUGUAUCACUGUACGAAAACGAAAGAAGAAUCCUGUUCGGAAAGUUCUCGAAGCUUAAUUUAAGGUUUUACGAAAGAGGGUAUUUUUCGACGGAAGAUGGGCAGUUUGUGUCAGUGGACUUGAGUAAGUACCUGGUGCGUUUGGUAGUGAAUGAUAACACAGACCAAGAAGGAUGGACAUACGCAAAGAACUGGAACUCACCAUUCACAAAUAGUCCAAACUCAAUGACAUUCGUUAGAAGAAGAAAGUGGAUACUGACGCCAAACGACAGUAAAAACAUAGAGUAUAUACUAAAAAGCAGAUUCCCAUCAAAGCUGUCAUCAGACUACUUUGUUAACAUGAAACAAAACGAUCAGAAGAACGAGCCCGAAAAUGAUUGUGUUAGUUUAACAAGUGAAGAUUCGUCGGGAAGCUCAAAGCUGACAACAUCAAACGCCAAAAAUAAUGUAAAUGAAGAGGAGUCGGAGAAUAAAAAUGAUUCGGUUGACGGGGCGGAAGAACAGCAGUUACAAGAUGGAGAAAAUACUAAAACGUCCGUGAAGCCAAGUGAUACGAACCAUGACAUAUCGUCGAUAGAUGACGAGAACAUAGCACGACUGUACUUUAGAAAGGGGAAAGUGAAAAGAUUAGUUGAUAGAAUAAAGGACGCAAGAGAAAGAAGAAAAUCACAGAAGCAAGACAACUCAAAUAUGCAGGAAUAUAUAAACUCACUUGUAGCCAAUGUCGCGCCUGAUAAAAUCAGUGAAGUAGGUAGUCAGAAACAACCGAAGAGAUCAAGGAUACUACGCUCUCUUAAAAAGUCAAAAUACUCCGAAAAUGUAAAUUCGUUGACUGAAAGAGGAACUAACCAUAUCAACAGCUUAUUACAAGAAAACGACCCUGAAAUCAAGUCAUUAUACUCUGGAUUAAGAUUCAGAGAAAAGAGUGAAUCGUCACUCCCAACGGGUUCAGACGGACAAAACGAACACGAUGGAAAUGAUUUGCUGAAAUCACUGAUGAACUUAAACCAGAAUGAAUCAUCUCAGACGAUUUUAGAGAGUGAUAUCCUCUUACCAUCAACACUCACAUUGAACCUAAACGAGGACACAACACCGCAAUUGACUCUAAAUGAUAACUUACACUUUGACCCCAACUACAUGAAAAAGAGGCCACCCAAAGUAACAACAAUAAGAAAGUUAUACAAAAUGGCUAAACCACUGGAAAAGGAUCUAAAACUACAAGAACAUUCUAAUAGGAGCCAAUCGACAUCAAAGAUUGCAAGGCUGGUUAAUUACCUAACAUAUCUCCAUAACCCCGAUGAAACGCCGUCAUCAGACCGCACAGCAUACUCAACGAUAUCACAAUUUUCAACCAACUCACAAGGUAACUUUAAAAUUAAAACCAAUAUAUAUUUAAAUAAUUGGAUUAUUAUAUAA